GGGUGAACUGCUGAAACUAAGGUUUGCGGAGGAGAUUCUCACGAGUUCCCUCCUCCCCUGCAGCGGCCCCUUUAAGAGAGAAGACAAUGAAGUCGAGCGAAUGAACGAACGGUGCGGACGGGCUCGAGGGGAGCUCGUGCGACACCCGGGCGGACGCGGUCUAAGCAGGGGCGCACGGACCGGGCUCGAUACCCUCCUCUCUACCUUUCACAUCGGUCUCUAGAGCUGGAACGAGUUUAGCUGUAGGUUCAAAACACAGGAUUUCAUUUGAUUUUAUUGACACCGCCGGUCAUACUGAGCGUCUCGGCAGUGCUAUUGGUCAGGACAGGACGGUUAUUAGGAUCAUAUAAGUACUAUGGACCGAGUGCGACUGUCUUACUCCAUUCACGAUACUAACAACACAGCUGUAAUAAUAAUGGCGAUUGCGAUAUUAAGACGGUAGGCUGCCUUAUUAUAGCGUUUUAAUAACUAUUUUAUUCGUACGCUUCCAGUUUUAUUCAGCAGUUUAUCUGAGUCGUGUGACGUCGUUCAUUUAUGCUAUUAAUUUAAGUGUCAUGUUUUGGUAUCACUGAAGAUUUAAUAAUGUACGGAAAUGGACGUUGGCUUUAGUGUUGCGGGUUCUAGUAUCGACGCCGUUGCGUUUCUCUCUGUGAGAGCUCGGUGUCCUUAGCACUUCGGCGGUGAGCUGUCCCCUCUACUAGGUGGACCGCGCCGGGGGGUGGUGGCUGGGGGGCUGGGGGCUGGUCCCUGGUCCCCGCGUCUGCCCCACGCCUCCUUCCUCCGCCGCGAUCCUUUCGCUUCAUUAUAUACGCCGGACGGACGGAGGGACGCGGAGUGGGAGCGCCGCGGACACGAUGCUGCACAAUGACAACGGCGUGGUCGUGGAGGUGAAGCCAGAGCCCGCACCGCAGUCCGCACCGCAGUCCGCACCGCAGCCCGCCGUCGCUCCCGAUGAACCGGCGGCCCCGAGCCGAGGCGGUGACAGCGGCUCUUCCGGCUUCGCGGGGGUCCCGCUGCCCGCCUGCCAGAGACUCGAGAUCAAGCGCUACACCGUGAGCGACGACUACAAGGUUUCGAGCCAGGUGCUGGGGCUCGGCAUCAACGGCAAGGUGCUCGAGUGCUACAGCAAGAAGACCGGCGAGAAGUGCGCGCUGAAGAUCUUGUACGACACACCCAAGGCACGACGGGAAGUGGAACUCCACGGCCGGGCUUCGGGGGGACCCUACAUCGUGCGGAUCCUCGAUGUGUACGAGAACAUGCACCAUGGCAAGAAGUGUCUCCUCAUCGUCAUGGAGUGCAUGGAAGGCGGGGAGCUCUUCAGCCGCAUUCAAGCACGGGGAGACCAAGCCUUUACGGAGAGAGAAGCAUCGGAGAUCAUGCAUGACAUCGGGACAGCUAUUGAGCACCUCCAUCACAUGAACAUCGCCCACAGGGACGUCAAGCCUGAAAAUCUGCUGUACACUACCAAAGAGAGCAAUGCUGUGCUGAAGCUGACUGAUUUCGGCUUUGCCAAGGAGACAACGCUGCAGAACUCCUUACAGACCCCGUGCUACACCCCGUAUUAUGUUGCCCCCGAAGUGCUCGGCCCGGAGAAGUAUGACAAAUCAUGUGACAUGUGGUCUCUUGGUGUCAUCAUGUACAUCCUGCUGUGUGGCUUCCCUCCCUUCUACUCCAACACGGGGCAGGCUAUCUCUCCCGGGAUGAAGCAUCGCAUUCGUAUGGGCCAGUACGAGUUCCCCAACCCAGAGUGGUCUGACGUGUCGGAAGAAGCCAAACAGCUCAUCCACCAGCUGCUGAAAACUGACCCGAAUGAGAGGAUGACAAUCACUCAGUUUAUGAACCACCCUUGGAUCAAUCAAUCCAUGGUGGUCCCUCCAACACCACUUCACACCACGCGAGUACUGACAGAGGACAGGGAGAUGUGGGAUGAUGUAAAGGAGGAGAUGACCAGCGCCCUGGCCACCAUGCGCGUGGACUACGACCAAGUGAAGAUCAAAGACCUGGACACCUCCAGCAACCCCCUGCUGAACAAGAGACGCAAGAAGGCAGCCACAGGAAGAGGAGGGGGAGGGGGUGGAAGCACUGUGUGCAACAGUCAGUGAGAUUCUGGGUGUGUGUGUGUGUGUGUGUGUGUG